UGGAGCUGCCUGCUUCUGCCCUCACCUUCCCGCGUGUCCCGGCGUCUUAAAACCCCAAACACAAGAAAGAGGAAGACUACACAGGGCGCACAUGGGAGAUUUUUUUUCAAAACCUGCACGUCGCACGAUGGCUUAUAUAUGAGGAGGACACUUUGGGAUGCGGACAUAAACACGCCACGGAAGGAAGCGCAUGAGAAAACACAACGUUGUCCGUCCUCUCUCCGCCACCGAAAAGGACUCCUCCCCACCUCGGCCGUGACACCUCCGGUAAAACGCCGAGAAAGGAUAUUUUUUAAGCGGGAGACGGAAGUCAAACGCCGCCGCUCAUCUGCCAGUGACUGACUGUAUGGCUUUAAAAAGUUGCCUGGAGAACAUGGACAUCUGACGUGCGCCACACGGCGUCAUUGGACACAUUGAACCUCUCUCUCUCUUUCCCCCCAUAACAUCUUGGACUGACUAAUCCCCCUGCGCUUUGGGUUUGGAGUAAGAAGAAGUGUUCAGCAGUUGUCAUUUGUCCUGACACAGGCUACAUCCAGUAGCUCCCUGCAGAAAGGGGGGACGUUACUAGAAGACACUGCCUGUUGUGCUGCGCAUUUGCUGCUGAUCUCACUGUUUGUGCAUUAGUGGGAGAAAUAUUUUGUCAGCCCACAACGGAUUUGUCAGAGCUGACAUCCUGCAUGACAUAAAACCCGUGAUUCAUCUGGACCCUCGACCUGCAGCAGAAAGACAACACAGUGACGCGUCCGUUUUUGUAUAACUUUAAAUUCCCGUCUGCCUGAACAAGUGUCAUCUCCAGUGUCCCCCUCGAAUGCGCACAUCCUCGCUAUUCCCUUUUCUAUGUUGUACGCAUUUCUACUUGUUUGGCAUUCGCAAACUGCGCCAGCAACACGCGGCCACAUGUGAACGAGACUCAUCACCUGUCCCGGUUGAAGCGCCCGUACAACUCGACUGACUGACCGACACUGAAGAGGAAUACGUGCCCGAAGUUUCGCUGUAGUGAUGCUGCAAAUGGAAAUGGUCCUCUUCGUCUGCCUGGUGCUGUUGAUGUGUGUAUUUAGCCAGGAGCCCAGUUCCAAAGUGGUGGCCGACCGCUACGCCGUCUUCUGGAACCGGACCAACGCCAAGUUCCAUCGUGGAGACUACCACAUCGACGUGUGCAUAAACGACUACCUGGAUGUCUACUGUCCUCACUAUGAAGACACGGUGCCAGAGGAGCGGACAGAGCGGUAUGUCCUCUACAUGGUUAACUAUGAUGGCUACAGCACAUGCGACCACACCGCUAAGGGCUUCAAACGCUGGGAGUGCAACAGACCGCACUCCCCGAAUGGACCGCUCAAGUUUUCAGAGAAGUUCCAGCUCUUCACUCCCUUCUCCCUGGGCUUCGAGUUCAGACCGGGCAGAGAAUACUACUACAUCUCCUCCACCAUUGCUGAGAAUGGCAGGAAAACAUGCCUGAAGCUCAAAGUUUUCGUCCGACCAUCAAACAGCUGUGUGAAAACUAUAGGCGUACAUGACCGCGUUUUUGACGUAAACGACAAAGUAGACAAUACAUUAGAACCACGAGAUGAUACCAGCCACGAACCAGCUGAGCCUUCCCGAAGUGACGAAACAAAUGCUGCACCGCACCUGCAGAAAACAAGCCCACUCCUGGCUUUGUUGCUGGUCUGCCUAUCAGCACUCAUCACUUUAUAGCGCCUCCCUCUGUCAUGGAGGGCAUUUACACACACCUAGCGUGGCCUGAAUCUGCCCGAGGCUGCAGGGAUGGGGGCGGGAUUUGGGUGGAGCGUGUUUGCUUGAAUUGGGCAUCAGCGCAGGCUUCUCAAGGAACCCUCUAUUUUUUUCAGAAAUAUAUUUAAGUGGUCUUUUCUCCGUCUGUGAGUGAAAAAAGUUGAUGUUGGAAGUGGGAGAGACAGUUUCCCUCUCUCAAACCUUCAACUAAGAUGCCAAAUCCCGUUUUUUGACACUUAGUGAUUCUUAUUUUCCCGUGACUUUUGACAUCCCUUUGCAUCAUGUUUUUGUCAUUGCAGCACUGAUGUUUACCCACACACACACACACACACACACACACACACACACACACACACACACACACACACACUUAGAGAGUCAAACACAAAACACUAACCGUCAAUAGCAGUAGGGUUUUACAUUUGUAUAGCAGCAGUAAACAGUAGGAGAGUGAGAAUUCUAGGCCUUAGAAAGAACUGUACAUACACAAACAAAUAGUUGUCCCGAGACCUCUCAAAAAGCCUUUAGAAAAUAUUUUGUAUUGUGUGGGGUCAUACAGUAAGAAGCAGAGUUUUCUGCUUCCAUGGAAGUACAAAGAUGAAGAGGUCAGACUGGAAACCACAGCACUGAGAAAUCUGUACAUGGCAUGCACCUUAGCCCGCUGACCUUCAGCCUGUCAACAAUAGCAUCCAAUUUUCUCUUGAAUACAAAGUGUAUUUAUAGAUGGAUAAGCUGCUCAAAACUUGAGCUAGAGAAACCUACGGAACCAUGAGGCUACUUUCUCUUGCCCUCCUUUGUGUAGAGCAUGCCAGCCCUGCUCAAUAAAACACCUCUCAAACACAUUUGGUUCACCGUGACUCACAGAACAGCUAAAUUGAAACUUUCUCGCCAGACACUUUGUAGACUGCUAUUAAGAUCAAGGAUCGAUAUCUUUUGAAAGUUGAUCACACAAUUUCACGGCAACAGUCACAGUCAUUUUAUGCAAUGUUUGCUGAGCAGAGGCAGCAAUUGUUCUCCCUGUUCCAUUUGACUAUUAGUCAAUAUUAACACUCUCAUAAACAUUUGCAUCCACAGCUUUUUUUUCUCUGAUAUCGACUGUUUAAGCGAUUGUUUAAAAAACUGUUCACAGUUAAAUUGGAGCCUUUAUUUUUUUACUUUGCAAAUGGUGUCUUUGAUGGUGAAGACACUGUAAACUGUGUAUUUUUGCACUGUCUAAAACCCACUUAAUUAAAACAAUAGCAGAUGUCAUGGGAAAGUGUUUACAAAGACACUUUAAUUCGCAUUAGCAUACUUUUUCCUCACAUCUCUGUCACUUAAACCACAGUUUUGACUCAUCAAAUAUUAGUUAGCUGGUUUUCACACUCACUUUCGUGCUGCAGUUUAUGCAGCUUUUACAGGACUGAUGUAUAGCUCCAAUUAGUUUAGAACACAUAGAGUGACUAGAGAAACCAUCCAUUUAAUUCAAGGCAAUGCACAGCUCUAUUUAGUCUGGCCAGGUUUAUGUUAGCACUUAAAUGAAAAGGAAUCCACUGUGUUCUAAUGAUAUUCAGCGUCCUUCAGCUCCCACAGAUGCACAUGGUGAGUUAGCAUAAUGGAAGCUAUUAUGUCCUCUUUCAAAUGGAGGGGACUUGUUUCUUUUGCUUUCAAAGAAAUAUGGACAGAUAGAGGAAUUUACUCUUUCCUUUUAAGAUCAGGGGUUUUUGUAGGAGAAAUGGGGCGCCAAUUGGUUUUGAAAGAUGGAUGCAAAGAGAGAAACAGAGCAAGAAAAGAAGCACAGGAGUGAUUGCGUGUCCACCUUCGGCUCCUAGUGUUACAGGUUUAAGUGACUCUUUAAUGAGGUUCAAAAUGACAGGCAUGUGGACCCCAUGUUGUGGCCAGGGGAGUUAUUCCUGGUAUUAAAAAUAGAUGGGGAAAGGCUUGGGGGGUCUCGGGAGGGGGGUGUAGAUUUCCACAGUGGGGGGGGUUUAAAGCACCAAUGACCUUGCAGUUUGAGAGAAUUGGUUAGUGAAGGAGACGGGGAGAUUUAAAGGGAGAGACACAUACGGGGAGAGAUAGAAAGACAUGGGAGGUACCCCGAAGGUAGUGUGACUAGAGUGCCUAACUAAACAAAACUAAACAAAAAACCCAAGCACCACUACUGAAAGAACACCUGAAUAGAUGACAAACAUUUUGUUCAGUAUCAUUCUGUCUCCAAAAUGAGUGCACUGUUUGGUUAUUGCUUUUCAUUUUUGUGGCUGCCUUUAUUUUUUCUUUUCCCCAAAAAGACUGCCUUUGCCUUUUGCCAUGUUGUUUUUUUGUGUGUGUGCUACGGUAACAAUGCUAUUACAGCGUAAUAGCAGCUCAGCCAUGGGGGGUAAUAGGAGAUGAGGCCAUUUAAUGAGGUACUAAUUUUCAGGAUAACACCACAGGGAAUGAGCACCGUGUAAGAUUCAAAAUGGAUGCCUGUCAGCAGAUUAACACCAGACUUUUAUCAGAAAACCAGCUUCAAUUGUACUCUCUUAUAAUACUACUAUUUGUCAUUAUUGCUAUUAUUACCAUGGUUUAUUCUGUACACACCUUAACCUGGGAAAUGAGGAUCAACUUAUAAACUGGAUACUGUGUAUCCUGAGGUAGUCAACCAUAAAACAAGUAGUGUUAGGUUAGUAUCUGUUUUGUACCUUUCUGGAGGACAGAAGAAAAAAAUUAGAUCAUUGUUAAAACUGUAUAAUUAUUAUUAUUGUUAUGAUGAUGAUGAUGAUUAUGCCUAUUAUUAUUAGAAAAACUUCUUGAUGUAAAUAGUGUUUGAUAUUAAAGUAUUAAUUUGGUUCUUAUGUCUUUUUCUAAAAAAAAAUGAAUACGGUAUUAUCUCUGGGUUUUGCGGAGUGUGUACUGUCCUCAAACAAUGCAUUGUGUGCUUUGAUCCUCAAUGCCUAAUGAAACUUUGAGCUAAUAUGAAGGGGAAACCUGUGGGAGCUGUACACCAACAGUGUAUAGGAGACUGAACAUUAGCCAGAAGAGUGGCUCACCUGUUACAUGUUUCAAACCAGUCACCAACCUUCACAUCUCUUCAUAUGGAUCCUGCCUUGAAAAGAAACACUUUGGACUUAAUAGACGGCUCAUUUGUACUUUUUUGCCUUCAGUGUUUUGGAAGCAUGUUGGUUGGCUCAAAGAUCUGCCAUGAGUGGACUGUUUGCUUUUUAAUGGAAGGAUCUUGCCAGUUUCAUUAUGUGGCAUGCGCAUGAACUUGAUGACAUUUAAGAAGAAAAAAAAAAAAGAAAAAUAUCGAAAAAGUUUUUAAAAGAACGUUUUUCUUUUGCUCUGAUUUUCUUUUUCUUUAAGACGUGUUAGACUUUCGGAUCACUUUCAUGUUGUGUGUUUUUUGCAUCCCCAUUUGAGUGAUGUCAUUAAAGCGGUGUAGUGACAGAUGACAAAUGUACAUAACACAAACCAUUGUUGUAAAGUUACAGUGGGGGUCGGUCAUUUUGUUGUUCAAAAGCAACUUUUUUUUUCCUCCUAAGAAUGACUCUUUCUGUACCCAUCUACUGAAUUCAUCCCAUGUAGUUGCAGUCUGUCUCUUCUGACUAUUCAUCCUCUUUCUGCUCUCUCAAGAGGAGGCGUUUUGGGAGUGUAUACAUCAGUGUGUGGACGUUUUUCAGUGUGGAAAAAAAAAAAUGUGUGAGACCUUUGAGUUUGUGUGUGUGCGUGUCUCAUUUGCUGUUGCUGCAGUGAAUGGGAAGCGGCAACCCUCUUUGGCAACAAAGAGUGUUUCCCAUGCCUUAGCCCUUCAGCCUCUGCCCUGGCAGCCCUGUCUGUGUACAAGAAGCUUUCUGCCAUUGUGCUUUUACACGGAACGGCUGCUGGCGUCGAAGAGACUACAACAGGGCCCUUCACGUUCUCUCCCUUUUUAACAAUCCUGAAUCACUUCUCCCUAUGGUAGACGUUGGUCCUGGGCACAGUUCAAGGAUUAGUGCACCCCUUCCACCAAAAUCCUAACUGGAUUGUUCGUGGGGUAAAGCCUAUCAUCAAUCCAGGUUCUGUGCAUACAGGGCAAAGCCAGUCUUUUCAUCAGCUCCGCUCUUGCUGAUGAGCCACUUGUUCAUUUUGUGCACCUGUCCUGUCCCAUCUUUCUUGUGCUUGUAUAACCUCCACAACACCACCUGCUGUCCUUCUUCCCUCACCUUCGAACCCUGCUCCCACUUUGCCAUCAGUGGGGAAUAUUUCCAAACUGCUCUUUUACAGUAUAUAAACAACAAAAAAGUUGACAAAAAUUAUCUGUAUUUGUAUAUACACGUGUCUGAGCAACUAUGAGUAAUACAAUAAAAUGGAAAUACAUUG